UCUUGGAACGUCGAGAAGAACGGCUGGGUACACGUUUUGACUGAGGGAUUUAGAGAACUUUAUCUCCUUUAUUUUUUUUCGACGACGUUGGGUUUGUUUAACAGACAGACAUGUCUGCGGAAGGAUCAUACAGGCUUGAACUAGAACCGCAGAAAAAGAACGUAUUUGUAACACAGUUGCGAGAGGAAGAGGAAGAUGACGCCGAGAUUCGCAAAUUUCCCGUUGUUGAAGAGUCAGCAAGUAAACUGCUUGACACAGGCCUUAACACAGUACAGUCAACUUUACUACUUAAGAAACAAGUUGAAGUUGAAAAGGUUCAAGAAGAUUUGGAUAUCAAAAGACGUCAGUUUGCAGAACGCAUGGCAGCCUGCAAGGCUAAAGAGGAGGAGCUAAAAAAGAAACAAGCUCAGAUUCGUGAACGAGUUGGAAAGUUUGAGAAGUUUAUAGAAGAAAAUGAUGCAAAGAGAAGAAGAGCAAUACAGAAGUAUCAAACAGAAUUAAAACUUAAAACUCAGAAAAAUAGGGAGCUUGAUGUUUUAUCAACUGAAUUAGAGCAGCUGAAAACAAGAAAAGAAGCUCUGAUGGCAAAGCUGGCAAGAUACUCAGUUUAUGAAAAGUUUUUGAUGAAAGUUCUUGAUCAGUUACCAGAAGACUACCUUGAGGCAAAUGACUCCAUGUUGAUGGGAAUCAUGAUGAGGUUUAGAACGCUGAGUGCAACUAACCAAUCACUGGUGCAGAUGUUAGGGGACACUUCAGAUCAGGUUGAAGCAGAACAGCAGAAGUUACAAGACAUGAAUCAAGAACACACUCAGAACUUAUUGCUUAUGAACAGUGAACUAGCAUCUCUUCAAGAAAAACUGGAGGACACUGUGCAAAGAAAGGAGAAAGUCGAUCAGUUCUUAAUCAGUAGUAAAGGCGUUUUUAGACAACAGAGUGAAAUGCUCGGCUGCAUAAGACUUGCAAUCGACAACAUCGCAGAAAAGUGUCAAAGACUGCGAGGGACGCCUGUAGAGAAACUCGAUGUCGAUUCAAAGCUCAAAGUAAUUCAAGAACACAUCAUAGAGCACACUGACAUCCUGAAGCUGGCCAAACUCCCAGAGUCCGCGGCGGCCUCUGAAGGACUUCAACCCAGUCCAUCAAGCAUCCUCAAGAACAGAGUAUCCCGGCAUGCACUGGUAGACUCGCCAUUUAAGUCUAGUCCAUCCAGAGGUCUCAAGAAUGUGCAGAUGGCGCUGAGAUUUGCUGCUGAUGUCAAGCAAUCAUAGUUGUAAUUGCAGUUCUGCAGAGAAGUCUCCACUUAAGCAGCAAAUAAUAACAAUAAUUAUGUAAGCCAAGCCUCGAGAGGUGUACCUCUGACGCAAUUGUUGUAAAGGAUGUUUUUGCCCUUCAGCCCACAACCCCUGCUUGCAAUAAUGAAGAUUGAGAUGAAAAAAUUACUUCUAUAUUUCACUUAAUUUUAUUGGGAAAAAUGCAGUAGUCCCUCGGUGUUAAUCGACAUGGGGAUAAAUCAAACUAAAAGAAUUUGUUCUUUGGCAGCAGAGUUUCAUAGAGAGGGGUGCAAUAACUCUCUUGACUGCGUGGGCUGCUGGUCCCCAAAAAGUGGGAGCAAAUGGGAAGGGAGGGUAGGUAGUUUUGUGAAUACUUCAGUAUAAAAUAAUCCACAUUAUUUUUGGAAAUGACUUGGAAGUAGAUUACUGAUCAUUAGCUUAAAAAUCAAAGUUGAUCUCUAACGUUUUCGAACAUUGAAUAAAUAACUUUCCUACUGUUCUCUUUUCAUUAAUCUCCCUUUUUUAUGAAUGCAUUUUUUACAAGUCGUUGGAAUUUUGUAAGAAACAAUGUUGUA